AUGAACACGUGGACAAACAUAACUGCCCUGGCAAAGUCUGCCCUUACAACAGCGCAGCAAAAGAUCGACGAAGUUUUGGACAUUCACGAGGAAAAUGUCAUUGACGAUGCAGUUGUCGGUUCAGGCUUUGGAGUUGACUUUCAGCAGCAGAACUACUCCAGAGGCGAUCUACUGGACAUUGAUAUUUCUGCGAUCGAAUCUGUGGGCGAUUCGGUUGACUCUACCAAACAUUUGGGUCCGUCACCAGACAUUGAUGACAUCAGUCAUGUAACAUCGGAAGCAUCGUGUAAUGCGGCGUUCAACUCGGACUGUGGUUUGAAUUCAACUGUAUCGUUCAUAGAGCAAAACUUUGGUGACAUUGCCUACAGGAAGCUCAGUUUCUCGACUUAUGUGGAAAAAGACUACCAGACAGAAGGUGAAACAGAAACCUGUGAUUCAGAAGAAAGUAGCUCUGCGACUUUGGUUGGAAGCAUCGCCGCUGGGCCUUCGGGGAAUGGCAAAAGUACUGUUUCGUCGUUCCCCGACCAGAGAUCUGUCUCAAACGUCAUUCCGUUGUCCUUUGUGUCUCAAGAGGAGGAAGAAUCUGCGGUACAAGACGCCGAUGGCAUUUCUGCAGCUCGCGACUGCAUCCAUCGCAUGCUUAAGUUGCUAGAAGAAAGUGACGAUUUUGGUCAACCUGAAUCUCGCUCAAAGGUGCAGAUUUGUGGAGAACAGAUGGUAAUGGCCAGCGAACAUUCCACCUGCAGUCGCACUAACAGCAGUAAAGGCUCAUCUCCAUCUCAUUCUAAGAUGGCAUUCGAAAUACUGCCAAAUUGCAAGGGAUCGGAAAGCGGGUCUCCGUGCGAGGAAGGAGAGACGACGACUUCGAGCGACAUCGAGAUUAUAUCCUACUCACUUGACGACAAUAACUCCGACCACAGUUCGAAGUCCAGCAUCGCCCACGCCUGUGAAAUUAACAACCAUGCCAUAUUCAGCAAGGUGUUUGAAGGUCGAUUUGGGGGUUUCUCUGAAGAGUCUUUUGAGGGCAUGAGUCAAGAAAACCCCAGGCAGCUGACGAAAAGUCCAACACUGAACAAUUUGCACUCAGACUUUGACAAAGACGGUUUGCUAGUGAAACAGCAACUUGAAAAGCGCGAAAAAAGUCUCAUCGAAAUCGUCACUCAAAAUUCUAUACUGGUAUCUGAAAAUGACGAAUUAAAGAGGAAGCUCCAAGAGACGAUACAACAGCUGAGAAACUCUUCCUCGUCCCGUGUCAAUGACGAACUACGGAGCACGUGCAAUACUCUGACAGACCAGAACAAGGAGUACAAGUGGAAGAUGGAGAAAUUGCAGAAUGAUUUGAAAUGCGGCAUGCAACAGUUAAGGCAACUGCUGUCACAGAAGGAAGAACAAGUGCAACAGCUGCUAGCUGAAGGCGAGGAGCUCUCGAAAAAAGAGCUUAAACAGAGCACGCUGAUCAAAAAGCUGCGAGAAAAAGAGAAGGAGUCAAUAAAAACUGUAGAAAACUUGGAGGCUAAACUUAAAUCAGCCGAAGAAGUCAAACGAGCCCUUGCUGACAAAAGCAACGAAGUUCACACCAAAGACAGUACGUACCACAGCCUUGAAGUUUAAGG